GCUCUUUACUAUAGCCGUAGUAAAACUCCUCCUCCAGACAUACCUAGUCAGGAUUAUCCUCAAGUAUACGAGCCACGAAUUAAGAAGAAGCGGAGGUCAGCCUCUUACUCCGAUAUCGACAACUCUAGCUCCAACUCUGAUUCCAACUCCGAAUAUAAUUGCGAUUCUGGCUACAAUUCUGACUCUAGUUCCGAUACUAAGGCCGAGUAUUAUCACCAGAAAAUGGCCGAGUUCAAGGAGGCCGGGCCAACUAUAUUAAACCCUAGUAAGAGUAUACUGGCCGCAAUAGAAAUAGAAGAGCAGAACUGGGAAUUAUAA